UUAGCCACAGUGCGGCAGGAGAACCGCAACAAGCGAGGAAAAGCAGAGGGGAACCAACUUGUGUUUGAAAACAAAGACUUGAAUGGGAAUCGGAUUGUUUUGUCUCUGUCUGAAGAAAAUAUGCGCCUUCCUCAGUGAGAUUCUUCUGAAAUAGGUUGACAGCUAUUAGGCGAACCCCAUUUAAACUGGGGCGUAUUCAUUACGCCGAUUCUGUUGCAAAACUUUUCUUAAAAGUAAGCAAACGGAACGAAACGGGGAGGGACCUACCUGAAUUUCUCCAAUAGAAACUCUGUUUGGACUAAUGAUUACAACCCAGGUAGCAGCAGAAUGGCAGAAAAAUACAGACAGAGUCGCUAAUUGCACUAUUCAUUUUGACUCAAAGGAGUUAGACAAUACCAUACCGAUGGUUUGCAGUCAACCCUCCAUGUCUGCUCCAACGAAUUGUACAUUUACAUAGGCAAUUGAAGGCUGGCAAAUCAAGUAACGUGUGGUGCAUUCAAUUCCAUUAUGGUGGGAUGUCAUCGACUUCUAUUGCGACAUAGUUAGUAAUCAUUGUGUUUGCCGAAGGCUGUUGACACUUCAGGGUGUUAUGAUGGGUGAAGUGACGGACGCCAGGGAAAUUAAAAAUACCUUUAUUGUUCCCGCAAUAAAGUCUUCCGAUCACUAUGAUUGUUCUCGAGCAAAAAUCUACUGUAGCCUCACGUGGCUGGUGGCCAAAGCAUUUGGGACAGACAGUGUCCCGGCCGACCUGAAGGAGCCCUUCUACACAGACCAGUAUGAACAGGAGCAUCUGAAGCCUGCAGUAGUCAGCCUACUGCUGUCUGCUGAGCUCUACUGCAGAGCCGGGAGCCUCAUCCUGACAAGUGGAGGUCGCGAUGCGGUCACCCAGCCCCUGGUUGGUCGCGAUGCGGUCACCCAGCCCCUGGUUGGUCGCGAUGCGGUCACCCAGCCCCUGGUUGGUCGCGAUGCGGUCACCCAGCCCCUGGUUGGUCGCGAUGCGGUCACCCAGCCCCUGGUUGGUCGCGAUGCGGUCACCCAGCCCCUGGUUGGUCGCGAUGCGGUCACCCAGCCCCUGGUUGGUCGCGAUGCUGUCACCCAGCCCCUGGUUGGUCGCGAUGCUGUCACCCAGCCCCUGGUUGGUCGCGAUGCUGUCACCCAGCCCCUGGUUGGUCACGAUGCUGUCAUCCAGGCCCUGGCCCAGAAGGGACUCCACGUCACAGACCAGACGAGGCUGGUUACUGAGAGAGACCUCCGCAAGAGGCCCCUACAGAUGAGUGCCCACCUGGCGAUGAUGGACACGCUGAUGAUGGCGUACACGGUGGAGACGGUGAGUGUGGAGAAGGUGGUGGCGUGCGUCCUUCGGUACUCCUCCCACCACGAUGAAGAUGCAGACACACCGUACGACACAGAGGACGCCGUGACCAGCUGGAUCAACAAGGUAAAUGAGUAUUUGAAGGAUAUCAUUGGUCAGGAGCGGAGGAGAGAAAGGAAGAGAGCUGAGCUUGUUGGCAGGCCAGGGACUCGCUCCAGGAAGGAGCAGCAGACUGUUGCCCAGCAGGGGCCCUGGAUCCCCCCUGUGGAUAACCUGCUGAAGGACACCGUAGACGGCUGCGCCCUGGCCGCUCUGCUGCACUUCUACUGCCCACAGCUAGUCAGACUGGAAGAUAUCUGUCUGAAGGAGUGUAUGUCGCUGGCGGACAGCCUGUACAACCUGCAGCUGGUGCAGGACUUCUGCCAGGAGCAUCUGAACCGCUGCUGCCACUUCAGCCUGGAGGACAUGGUGUACGUCUCCUCGUCCCUCAAAAAUAACUACCUUGUGUUCCUGGCCGAGCUGUUCCAUUGGUUUGAAGAGGUGAAACCCUCCUUUGUACAACCAAGAGUUCUGGAUACUGAAGAGCCAGCCCUCACAUCGUUGCGGAACAUUCCCUCAGUUCCCAUCUCCAAUGUCACCAAGAAGAGCUUCAUGGAGAGACCGCCCAGCCCAGAACCACCCAGUCUGCCUCUCCUCCCUCAACCUAGGAACUCAGUUCAUUCUCAUCAUCCAGGUGAAAUGAAGAGAUCGACCUCAAUGUCCUUUGUGGACGUAGGAACCUGGCCCAAGGAGAAAAGGUCUGGGCCUUACGGGGUAUCCUUCGACAUUCCUUUCGACAAAGAGGACACCCAGACGUCUACUCCCCCCGGCCAUGGCAUGACUCGCUCUACCAGCACAGAGGGCUUCAAGGUCCACCAAAUGCCCCGGGGCAUGAAGAGGAUCCUGUCCUUCCAGCCCAUCAAUGGACAGGGCGUGGACAUUGAGGAGGAGGGCUGCCCGGACAGCCUAGCAGGCCCCGAUCUACCAAGACAGCCUGGCAGACCUCAACCCAAUGGCUCCUCAGCCCUGGAUGGGCAUGGAAAAGGAGCAGCCAUACCCAGCAUGGAGGAGGCCCUGCAGAUCAUCCACAACAUCGGGAGGAAGCCCCCACAAUGCUCCCUGACGGAGGGUAUCAACCAUGGCUUCUUCCUGCACAGUCAAAACCGAGGAAGAGGUGUAGUCGGCCUGCACCCCAAGGCCCAACAGGAGAACAUGGACCUGGACUCACUGAACACCACUAAAACCACAGAGGUGGACACAGACAUCCACUUGAGGACGGAGGACAUCGCCGAGAUGCUGGACGAGGACUCUUCGCUGGGGGAAGCUACGAGCAUAGAGCUGGACAUGGACACACUCAGCCCCUGCCUCAGCAGCUCAAGCUACGGCAAAUCUCCCUCCACUAGCUCCGGCAUCAAGAUGACCAGCUUCGCAGAGCAGAAGUUCCGGAAGCUCAGCAAACCCGAAUCAGGGAGAAGAACGAGCAGCAGCAGCAGCGGGGGGGGCAGCUCCCUCAAGACCACCCCCGAGGGCUCAGAACUGGGCCUCCCUCUGUCCGUCUCCUGGGCACCCACCCCAGAGCACAGCCCCGUUCAUCAACAGAGCAUGCCCCUUACCCAAGCCCCUCCCACUGGGCCAGCCCUGGCCCCUCCACCUAGUGACCCGGUUCAGGCCAUGGCAACAGAGAUGGUUCAGCUGCACAUGCGCCUGGAGGAGAAGCGAAAAGCCAUUGAGAUGCAGAAGAAGAAGGUGGAGGCAGCGUUUACGCUUCACCGCCAGAGGAUGGACCACUCCACUUUCCUGGACGUGGUCAAGGGGAAGGCCGACUGUGCCUCAGUAGGAGGAGGAGAGGAGGAAAUGGGGAAGAUGACUGCAGAGAAGGAGAGGAAAACUGGGAGGAGCAAAGUGGACACGCCUGACGGGGCCGAGCAGGGGCAGGCGCCCUUCGGGGUCUGCUGGCUGAAAUCCCCAGGAAGAAGCACGGGAGAAGAGGGAGGUCAAGGUCCCAGCGAGUUGGAUCUAGCGAACUACACACGCUCCAUGGAGAAGCUCAACCACUCACUGGGCUUCCUGCAGAUGGAGAUGCAGCGCCUGGCCCAGCAGCAGGAGGUCAUCAUGGCCAUGAGGGAACAACGGCAACAACAGGCCUGGAUCAUUCCCCCUCCCGAGACCCAGCCCUCACCCCAGAAAUAUGCUCGCGCCUCUGUCCGCUCCUCCGACUCGCCCUCCCCGACAGACUCGCCUCGUUCCGCCCACCGCUCGCCCACCAGCAUCAAGAGGAAGUCGGCCUCCUUCCACUCACGGAACCCCCGCACGCCUCGCCCCAGCGAGCUUAAGCUGGCCCCCUAUAACCGCUGCCUGACGGCGCCCCAGUCCGUGGACAGCCUCCCCCGCCUGCGCCGUUUCUCCCCAUGCCAGGCCAUGGCCUUCACCUACAUGGGGGACAAACCCACCGGUGAAACCCCUGAGAUCGGAGACGGAGACACUGAGCAUGUGCUAUCCCCAGAGAGAGAGGCUGUUAGUGCAUCGUCACCCUCCUCCCCAGCCAAAAACAACCAGAGAACACAACAAGGGACACUAGAGAUUUCCAAGAAGGAUGAUGCGGAGGAGAAGGAAAUGGAGGAGGAGAAGCACAAGUACAAAAUGGAGGAGAUUAAACCCAUAAUAGUGUCGACCGUAUCUGAAGUGCUGGCCCAGCCAGUGAAAGAGUCCUUUACGGUCACCCCCACAGAGACCCCCCUUAUCUCGGACAUGUUUGGCCAGGCCAGAAGCAACCUGAUUGAGGUGCCUCUGUACGUGCUCAAGCCCCUGGAGGGAGAGGGGAUGGAGGAGAGUGAAGGCAUGCAGGGGACCUAUGGCGAUAACGAGAAAAUGUCCUGUGGCUUUUUCUUUAAGGGUGAUGGGAACGGGGAAGACAACAUGGCUCAGAAGAGAGCUGCUCUCCUGGAGAAGAGGCUGAAGAGGGACAAGGAAACGCAGCAGAAGAAGCUGCAGCAGGAGGCGGAGCUAGAGCGGAAGAAGGAGGAGUCACGAGUGAAAGCGGAGGAAGAGCACGCGAGGAAGGAAGAUGAGAAAAGUCGCCGGGAGUUAAUCAAGCAGGAGUACCUGAGGAGGAAGCAGCUCAAGCUCAUGGAGGACAUGGACACGGUGAUGAAGCCGCAGCGGCCGUCCGGCGCCAAGCAUAGGAGAGCCCGGCCCAGGUCCAUCCACCGGGACAGCAUGGACUCCAGAUCCCCGGCCAGGGCAGCAGUGCCCAGCUUGUCUCUGGCCUCUCUCAACCUGGGGGACAGCUUGUGUCUGGCCUCUCUCAACCUGGGGGACAGCGACACUGUGCAAUCUGAGAAGAGAACACCAAGGCCUGAUUCUGCAGAUGGUUUUCUGUCCCCUUGUCGAUCUGGGAGCCGGACUGGGGAGGACGAUUGGGAGAAUGGCUCCACUGCCUCAUCUGUGAAGUCAAACACCGAGUACACCGGGCCCAAACUGUACAAGGAGCCGAGUGCCAAAUCGAACAAGCAUAUAAUCCAGAACGCGCUAGCCCACUGCUGCCUGGCGGGCAAGGUCAACGAAGGUCAGAAGAACAAGAUUGUGGAGGAAAUGGAGAAAUCGGAAGCCAACAACUUCCUGGUGUUGUUCAGGGACGGGGGUUGCCAGUUCCGCUCCCUGUACGUAUACAGCCCCGAAACGGACGAGGCCACCAAGUUGACGGGCAUCGGGCCCAAGAGUAUUAUGAGCAAGAUGAUCGAGGGCCUCUACAAGUACAACUCGGACAGGAAGCAGUUCAGCCAGAUUCCCGCCAAGACCAUGUCGGCGAGUGUGGAUGCCAUCACGAUCCACGGCCACCUAUGGCAAACCAGGAAACCAGCCACCCCCAAGAAAGUGUUACCUGCCAAGUCCUAAUGGAACUUACCGUAUACUCCCAGCCAUUUCCCUUCAAAUUGAACAGUCCACAUUCAAUUUGCACUUCACUGUACAUUUCCAUGAGGAUUCAGCACCUGCAAUGCCAGUUAAUUGAAGGCAUACUUCUUGUACUUUAUUCUCUCUCUCUCUCUCUCUCUCUCUCUCUCUCUCUCGCUCUCGCUCUCUCUUUCUUCAUUCCUGUCCAUUUUCCUUUUGAAAUUCCAAACUGGACACGGGGACUCGACUCGGUUAAAGAAAUGCACAACUGGAAUGUGAAAACACUAUUUAAUAUGUGUAAAUGAAUGUCACUGAUCUGUUUAGUGUAAGAGAUUUGUCUGAUUUCGAGUCAUUUUAUUACAGCACGCGUGUGGUUUUUUUUGUGUUUUUUUUGCCCAAGUAGACACAAAAAGGAGAAGGGUACCUACAAUGUUUUAUCUGGGACACUGAAGCACUGAAUGUUACUCAUCUGUUCAAAUGGUGUGGCCUUACGCUUGUUUUCUUUCUUUCUUUUUUGUAUGUCAGUGCAAUAAGCUGAUAGUAAAACUAUACCUUAGAGGAUUUUUUCCCAUGUUUUCGGGUUCAAAUGCAACAUACGUCUGCAUAAAGCUGUACACAAGAUUGAGGGCAAAAAAGUCAAAUACCUUGCAGCAAGCAUACAGCUAGCGUUAUCCUCACAAAUCAUCUAUAAGUCCGAUAUAGUAUUCCACAACUACGCCAAGUCUAUUUAUAUCUAUGUUUUUUAGCUUAUUCCUCCUCUUAUAGUGUUAAACCAGACUGAACUUCCUUAAUGCUGUGGGUUCAGAGCAGGUUUGUGAACCAAAAAUAAACUCUAAUCUAUGUUAUCUCCUUUCAAUUGUCACAAAAAUGGACCCAGAUUUGGUGAAAUAUCAGAUAGGUCUGUCCGUAAUGAUUUGGACCAUUUGAAAAUGCGUUUAGAUUUAGUAUUACAAAUUGUGGCCAUAAAUCCAUUAUAUAGAACAUUGUUUUAAAGGAUUGCGAUUUAGAUUGUGUACUUUGAAAAUGGAAUGGCUGAUAAACAGUAGUUAUUGUUAAUUCUGUUUCAGUUGAUUAGUAGACCUCAAACAUUUUCAGAAUCCUCUCCUUUUAAAAUUCUCAAUGUCAAAUGACUUAUCACACCAGGCUUCGAUCACACCGGGCUUCGAUCACACCGGGCUUCGAUCACACCAGGCUUCGAUGACAUUAGGAUACUGCUUGACACCAGGCUACGGUGACAUGAGGAUACUGCUUGACACCAGGCUACGGUAACCUUCGGAUACUGCUUGACACCAGGCUACGGUAACCUUCGGAUACUGCUUGACACCAGGCUACGGUAACCUUCGGAUACUGCUUGACACCAGGCUACGGUAACCUUCGGAUACUGCUUGACACCAGGCUACGGGGACAUUAGGAUACUGCUUGACACCAGGCUUCGAUGACAUUAGGAUACUGCUUGACACCAGGCUACGGGGACAUUAGGAUACUGCUUGACACCAGGCUUCGAUGACAUUAGGAUACUGCUUGACACCAGGCUACGGUAACCUUCGGAUACUGCUUGACACCAGGCUACGGGGACAUUAUGAUACUGCUUGACACCAGGCUUCGAUGACAUUAGGAUACUGCUUGACACCAGGCUACGGUGACAUUAGGAUACUGCUUGACACCAGGCUACGGUGACAUUAGGAUACUGCUUGACACCAGGCUACGGUGACAUUAGGAUACUGAUUGACACCAGGCUACGGUGACAUUAGUAUACUGCUUGACACCAGGCUACGGUGACAUUAGGAUACUGCUUGACACCAGGCUACGGUGACAUUAGUAUACUGCUUGACACCAGGCUACGGUGACAUUAGGAUACUGCUUGACACCAGGCUACAGUGACAUUGGGAUACUGCUUGACACCAGGCUACGGUGACAUUAGGAUACUGCUUGACACCAGGCUACGGUGACAUUAGGAUACUGCUUGACACCAGGCUACGGUGACAUUAGGAUACGGCUUAUUUAUUAUUUUGCACAUUCAUCAUGAAUAGAAAAAUCCAAAUAUGUCCUUUUCAUUUUUUUAAAUUUGUGGUAGAUGCCACACUUCUUCUCUUCGAUAAACAUACUCUGGUAAGAUAAAGUACUUUUGAUAAAGUACUUUUUUUAGAGACCCGUGUAGGCAGAAUGUGACAGACUUUGUUAGUACAUACGGGUAGAGUCUUCAACACUUUCCUUUUCGUCUUUAAAACUACUCGAAAGGAGCCUCCUCGAGCAACAACUUCAACAAAGGAAGGUUGGGGAUGAAAAUAUCUGACGACAAAUACUAUACACACACACAUUGGUGUUUUGGUUUUCACAGGGAUAUAUUUAAGGAAUUACCAAAAGACGAGUUGCAUAUGUCUCUGGAAAUGUAACGAUUAUUAUUACCACGUUUUUCUGACGUUCCAGGAACUUAUUUAUUUAUUUAUUAUCACGUUUUUAUGAAGUUCCAGGAAUUCUGUAGAAAGGGAUGUUACAGUGGGACCACUGUUGUGGUAUUUGACUGUUUAAGGUCAAGAUUAAUGGCUAUGUAAUUGUUUAAAUGGGUAUAAGUGGACAUUGUGCAGGGCUGCCGUAAGUUCAUCUGUCCAUCCCUCCUGACAAAGAACUGCUUCCAUGUUGUUUAUCAGACGCUGUGCUCUCAUUCAACCUACUGCUGAACUUUGUAGGUGGGGGUUUGUUUCUCUUUUGCAUUGAAUAAAAUGAAGCGUGUCCUCAAA